AUGUCCUCUAUCUCAUCCUUGCCAGUCGUCACCGGAAACGCUGCAUUCACCGCCAAAGUGAGCGAUGUCAGAGAAAGACUCGAAUCGCAAAUACCUACUACCCUCCGUCUCCCUUCUUCUUUAUUGGACAACUUGCCACUAGACGUAACUGGAAUCCCCGAGUCUUGUGGUCUUCUCUCUGAGAAUGAGCUCGCGAUCACUGAUCUCGACGCUACUGCCGUUUGCGACAAAAUCGCGAAAGGAGAGCUCACCGCGGUCGAUACUGUCACGGCUUUUGGAAAACGGGCCGCUAUUGCUCACCAGUUGACUGCGUGCCUCACCGAUUAUUUCUUGGACGUGGCCAUCGCUCAAGCACAAGAAUUAGAUGAUUAUUUCAAGCGUGAAGGCAAAGUAUUCGGGCCGCUUCACGGUUUGCCUAUAUCAGUCAAGGAUCAUAUCCCUAUUAGAGGAAGAUGGUGUUCUGUGUCCUUUCUUUCCACAUUAGCUGUUUCCACCGAGGACUGCGACAUGAUCAGAAUUCUUAGAAGUCUCGGUGCUAUUUUCUACGUCAAAACAACUCAGCCUCAAGGAGGUAUGACACUCGAAUGCCUUUCAUUCUACGGUCGUACCCUUAACCCUUACAAUUCUAACCUCACUGCUGGUGGAUCUACCGGUGGCGAAGGGGCGCUCCUUGCUAUGAAAGGAUCGUGCAUGGGACUAGGAACGGACGCUGGGGGAUCUAUUCGUGCACCUUGCGCUAACUGCGGGUUGUAUGGCAUAUGUCCGACUGCAAAGACGCUACCGACGCGUGGUUAUACUUGGUUCCAAUACGGCGCUGAUGGAGUUUCACAAUCAACUGGCCCUAUGUGUCGAUCCGCACGCGAUAUGAAGACUUUCCUGCACGCCAUUAACAGUGCUGGUGCAGCUCUCUCAGACUCGUCGCUUAUACCUAUACCGUGUGCUGUCCCUGACCUUAGUCAGAGGAAGCUACGUGUGGGUAUUAUGACGCACGACAAUGUAGUGUUACCUCACCCUCCUAUCCUACGCGCACUCGAGAUUGCAAAGCAGAAGCUGAGUGUUGCUCCAAACAUCGAACUUAUUGAGUACAUACCUUACGACCACGAUCGGGGGUACAAUAUUAUACGAGAAACUUAUUUCGAGGACGGUGGCCAGAUUGUAAGGCGUCACUUAGAUGCAGGAGGAGAAAAUAUCACUCCCCUACUGGAAUGGGCCAUCAGCCCACCUUUCACAAAAGAUCACGACGCAGCAGGAAUACACGCGUUGCGUAACGAGAGAGAUAAAUACCGCUUUAAUUAUUCGGACCACUGGAACAUAGCUGGUUGCGACGUGGUCUUGUGCCCGCCAGGUCCUGGGACGGCCGGCCUUCAUGAAACAAUGAAAUAUUGGGGCUACCUUGCGAUUUGGAAUUUACUGGAUUAUCCUGGCCUUGUAUUUCCUACUGGACUCAAAGCCGACCCCAGCAUUGAUGUCAUUCGAGAAUCAUUCGAACCCAUGAGUGACUCUGACCAGUAUAAUAACUCUCUAUAUGACCCCGAGCUAUUUGUUGGAGCCCCCAUAUCUUUACAACUAGUGGCACGUCGCUUCAACGAUGGCUUGCUGCUAGCCGCACAGGAGAUCAUCGAAAAAGUCAUUAAAUCUUGA